GCCGAAGAGUGUUCCGCGGGAUGCGCAGGUGGGGUUUGGCUCUCAGGGGCGGCCGCGGCAUCGCAGGUCUCCGCCGCGGCGAGUUUUCGGUUCGGACACGCUGUAAGCACUCAGUGAGGUUAUGGCUCAGAUUCUAAAGGAUAUGGGUAUCACUGAAUAUGAACCAAGAGUUAUUAAUCAAAUGCUGGAAUUUACUUACCGUUAUGUUACUACAAUAUUGGAAGAUGCUAAAAUUUAUUCUAGUCAUGCCAAAAAGGCAAGUGUUGAUGCGGAUGAUGUAAGGCUGGCUAUUCAGUGUCGAAUGGACCAUUCGUUUACAUCCCCUCCUCCUAGAGAUUUUCUGCUGGAAAUUGCUCGACAGAAGAAUCAAAACCCAUUACCAUUGAUAAAACCAUAUGCUGGGCCUAGGCUACCUCCAGACAGAUACUGUUUAACAGCUCCGAACUACAAAUUGAAGUCAGUGCACAAGAAGGUGACAUCAUCUGCUGGAAGAAUAACUGUACCUAGAUUAAGUGUUGGAGCUUGUGUAACCAGUCGACCCAGCACACCAACACUGGGUACACCUUCAUCACAAACAGUGGCAGUAACUGCAAAAGUUGGAACUCCUGCAUCAUUAGCUGGACAGAGAUUUACAGUACAGAUCCCUUCUUCACAAGCUACAGUUAAACCAGCCACAGGGAUCUCUUCAACAACUUCAGUCCAAAAUGUGCUGAUAAAUCCAUCUCUGAUUGGCUCAAAGAAUAUUCUUAUCACAACAAAUAUGGUCUCAAACCCGAGUAACACCACUGAGUUAAACCCAUUGAAACGGAAACACGAAGAUGAUGAUGACUAUGAUGCUUCCUAAAAAUGGAUAUAACCCACCUUGCAAAGUUACUUUCAAAAUAAAGCUAAUAUUUUGAAACUCAGGAGCUCAAGAUGAUCUGCAGACUUCAGUUUGGGGUUACUUGCAGGUCAUCAGUUUGUAUGGGCUGAGGGAUACGUUCAAUAAUGUUAAGCUAAUGCAGUUUAUUUUGCCAAUGCAACAUUUAGAAUAUGGUAAGGAUGCUCCUCCAUUUAAUUUCAAGUGCCAUUGCAGUACUGGUUAAACCAUCAUCAACCAAAACCCCAGGUCACUACUUGCCAUAGCUUAUUUCUAUUUUAUUUUCGUUAUCAUUUUCUGUAUUAAAUUAUUUUUAAUGUGGAAACCAUUUCUGCACUUACCAAAAUCAUUCUGGGCACUGAAUCCGCAUUAUUUUGGUUUGUUUUUUCCCUUUUUAUUUGUGCAAAUUGUUAUCUACAUUUUUGUGUCUUUUGGCAAUAUUGCAGGAAUCAAAUUCACAUUUGUUCAUUUUGUAAAGUAAGUUUACAUUUUCUGAUAUUUUAUAGACUUAUUUACUUGUUCCAGUUGUAUCAUGAUACAAUAUUAUUGUACAGUGAAUCAGUCUUUAGUGAAACAGCCAUUUGGUUUGUCAUCUCUACUUGGUAAAGCAAAUUAUAUUCCAGUGUGAAUCCGAUGUAGAGUUUUAUUACUUAAGAGCCUAGUUUCAUAUAACAUUAGAAAUAUUUUUGGAUUUCUGUUAAAGGCUAGUUUACAGUUCAUUGUCUAGUUAUAUUUUAAUAUAAAAAGAAACUUAUUCUACAAAGUAAUACAGGUUUCUUGCUGAUUUGAGCAAACUACAGUAGCGGUUAUGUUCUGAAUUUCUUUUGUAUUGAGAUUUAACUUAAAUCUUAAGGCAAAAUUGUUUUGAAAUUAAGAUAUUGUUUGGAAACCCUUUGAAAUGAUCUAUCAUAUACUAAUUAAUAAUGUUUUUGUAUCCCCUCCACUAUCAUAUAGCUAAAAGAUGCUCAAUGAUUGGACAUUGUUUUUCCUUUGGUCACCAAUCUUCAGUAUAAUGCAAAGCUAAAUACAGAAUAGAGCAUGUCCCUGUGCCCCAAACAGUGAACCAAAGUUGCCAGUUAACAUUUCCAUGCGUCUUAAUUAUCUAUUUUAUCAAAGCUUAAUUAACUUUGUUUCCUACAAUGUCCAGGAUAGAAAUGUGAUUGAGUAAUUCUUAAUCAUCACAGAGCUAUACAGCAUGGAAACAGGCCCUUUGGCCCAACUCAUCAAUGCUAACCAAGGUGUCUUCCUGAUUUAGUACCAUUUGGCUCAUAUCUCUCUAAACCUUUCCUAUCCAUCUACCUGUCCAAAUAUCUUUUUCAUGUAAUUGUACCCACCUCUACCACUUCCUCUGGCAGCUUGUUCCAUUGUCUCCACCACCCUCCGUGUGAGAAGCUUGACAACAUGUCACCUUUAAGUCUUUCCCCUCUCAUCUUAAACCUAUGUCCUCUAGUUUUAGACUCCCCUACCCUGGGAAAAAGAUUGUGACCAUCCACCCUCCUGAUUUAAUAUAUAGUCACCCCGGAGCCUCGUUCACUCCAGGGAAAACAGUCCCAGCAUAUCUAGUCUCCUUGUAACGCAAGCCCUCCGGUCACAGCAACAUCCUUGUGAAUCUUUUCUGCACCCUCUCCAGCUUAAUCACAUCCUUUAGUAUGGGGACCAGAACUGCACACAAUAUUCUUGGUGUGGUCUCAUCAACAUGUUGUACAGCUGUAACAUGAUAUCCUAAUUCUUGUACUCAAUGCCCUGUCCGAUGAAGCCACAUGCCUUCUUUACCACCUUGUCAACCUGUGUUACCUCUGUUAAGGAACUCUAUACUUGUACCACUAAGUCUCUCUGUUAUGCACUACUCCUCUGCCAGGACCCUGCCAUUCACUGUGUUUUCACAAGAAAAAUAACCUUUCUAAGCAAGCUUUUUCCCAAAAAAUAUUUUAAGAGGUUAUUUGUGACAUUUUCUGUACAUAUUCUUGAAUUCCACUCCAUUGAAGUACCAAGAAUGUUUUUCAUUAUUGUGAGGUUUCAACUUAUUUUUUAAAAUAAGAUAUUAAGCUAAGGCCUCGCAAUAUCUUUCUGAUGCUUGUAAAAAGAAAAUCCCAUGGCAUUAUUUUGGAGAGUAGUUGUGUACAUCCUAAUUGUUUGGUUAAUAACCAUGUAGGGUUAUUACUAUUUCAUAGAGCCUACAUAGACUUGGGCCAACUGGUUUCCUGUGUUGUAAGGAAAUAUGAGAUUCAAAAUUAAAUAGAACACUUUUCUUUUUUUUUGCCUUUAAUGAUAUUACUUACAAUGUAUUAAUUCUUUAAAUAUUAGCCAUUGCUUGUUUACUAUCAUACGUUUUAUAAUGGUGAUCUCAAUUUACCAGUGAAAACACAAGCCUUGUGCCUUUGUAGUUUGCUUUAUUUAGAACUGAGACCCUAAUUUCAGAUCACUUUCAGUUUUUGUAUAAAACUAUCCUAUUAUGAUCACUGAUCCUGAAGGUUCCUUAAGUACCAGAUUAUCAAUUAAUCAUUUUUCAUUGCAGAAUAUUAUAUCUGAAAUAGUCUGUUCCCUCAUUGGUUCCUCAACACACAGACCUAGAAAAGCCUUUAUACGCUCUAUGAAUCCAUCCUCCAUACUCCAUACAUAAAAGAUUACUCAUUUGGUAUGCUCAAUCUGUAUGAAGAUUAAAGUCCCCCUGUGAUUAUUGCAUUUCUGUUCUUACAUGCACCUGUAAUUUCUUGAUUUAUAUCAUGGCCUACAUUACUUUUACUGGUUAGUGGCCUGUAAAACUCCCAACUCCCUGCUGUUUCAUAGCUCCACCCAAACUGGUUCCACUUUUCUGGGCAAGGAUCUCUACUGCUUGUAUUCCAUUCUUUAGUAUCAGAGUUACCCUGCUUCCUUUUUCCAUUUUGUCUCUCUUCUAUGUUUAUCUUAGAUUAUGAAAUUCCACUAUCUCUUUUAAAAAAAACACAUAUCCUGAACUAUUUACCUCCUAGCCUUUAUCAUUUUGUAAUACUGUCUCUGUAAUAGGUAUUUUACCUUCUUAAUUCUAUUUGUGUCAUUACCUCGUGUGUCUUUUUACAAAUGCCGUGUGCAUUGACAUAGACUGAAGAUUCUAUCUUUUUAACCAUUUUCCCUGACCCUAAAUGAAGGUAUACAAUGCCCCUUCUUGACAGGCCCUGUCAUUGCACAUUUUUCUACCUUGAACUAUAGCAAACCCGAUAUAUCAAACAAUGAGUCAAUAGCUUUAGUGAAAAUACAAGAAAGGGAUAACCCUAGCAGUUAUAGGCCAGAUGAAAUAUACACCCGUAGAUCCUUAAAAUUUCAAUAAGGUGGGUAUAAGGGCAUUAUGGCAUGCUUUCCAUUAAGGAUAGGGUUAUGCCAGAAUGUUAACAAAAAACACUGGUUAAGCCACAGCUUGAGUAGUAUGUAUAAUUCUGGCCACCAAACUACAGGAAAGAUGUUAAUGCAGUGAAGAUUGCAGUAGAGAUUUACGAAAAUGACACCAUAACUAGAAGAUUGUAGCUAUGAGGCUUGGGUUGUUUUCUUGGUUCAGAGGAGUCUUGAGGGGAUACUUAAUUAAGGUAUGUAACAUUAUGAAGGCCCUGGAUAAAUAGGAAGGAGAUAUUUCUCUUGGAAGUGAAGUGAAAAACCAGGAGAUACUAAUUUAAAGUAAAAGGACAAGAGGAAGAUGAGCAAUUUUUUUCAACCAGAUAUAGAAUAGGGAUAUAGAAUUCAGUGCUACCUGUUGACUUGGCCUGGAAUCUUGCCAUACUGCAUUUAUUAUACAAUUAGAGAAAGAAGUGCUCACAACAUCAGCAUUGGAAUAGAGCCAAGGUAUGGCAGUGCAGGUCUGAUUCAUGGUUAUCCAUGUUUUAGACAGUAUAUUCAAAAUUAAUGACAAACAUGACAUGAUAAACAUGAAGGUGAUGUGGCAAGUUCUGUUGAAGAUGUAGAUGCAAGUGGUUAUUGAAUAAGGAAUUGGUUGAGGUGAGAUGAGAGGUGAUGUGUUUUCUCUGUUCAAAGUUACCGAGAUAUCUAUGGUAAUGCAACAAUUGUGGAGAUACUAGAAGAUUUUAGUCUUAGAUGAUGAAACAAAAAUGGGUAGGUUUAUAUUUGGUUAACUUUAUAACUGCAUCUGUCUCUGUACGUAAAUAGUUGUAUAAUAUCAGAAGUAAAUAAUAUCUGUUGACAUUACUAAACUUUGACAUGAGUAUCUAAUAAUGCCAUUUAAUAACUUUGACAAAUACAGUUAGAAAAUUUAUUUGGCACUCAGUAUUUGUGAUCUCAAUGGUAAUAGUUUCUAAAAGCAAAAAUUUGCAGGUGUUGGAAAUCUCAAAUGAAAAUGGAAAAUGCUAGAAAUACUCAGCAGGUAGCUAACAAUACAUAUGACUGUGAAUGCUCCUUAGUAUGGCCUUGAUAGAUUGUUGUACCAGACAUCGCUCUUUACUUUGAGAAUGUCUUGUGUUCAAUAAAAGAUGUACUGGAAGCAAUGACCAAUCUGAGUAAUGAUACUUGCAGUAACACUAAAGAUGAUGAACAGUUGAUUUGAUCGUAGGGUGCUGUUUUUCCCUUGUAGAAAGUGAAUUGCCAUUCUUGGGGAGCUAUUCAUAUUUAAAGGUAGCUUUGUUUUAUGUAACUUUGUAAAUUGAUUAACUUAAAACCACCCUGCCAUUCAGUCUCCUCUAAUGGUACCCAUCUUCACUUAUUAGAUUCCAGCCCUGGUAGCCCUUUGUGCUUCUCCUUACCUCCCUCUAGCAGCUGUCUCCAACCCUAACUACCCUCCCCCACCUCGCUCCAUCCGCCUCUCAUUUUUUCCCUCUUUGUUUGCCUCCAUCUAUCAUCCAUCUGCUACUGUCUCCCAAUUCUAUCCCGCCUCUCCUUCCCUACCUGGCAGAACCUGCACGUCAUCUUUCACCCUCACCAAUCACCUCGGGCUCCCCUUCUCUUUAUACUGGUCAUCUCCCCUCUCAGUCCUGCUGCAGGCUUUCGACCUGAAACAUCGACAAUUCCUUUCCUCCCACAGAUGCUGUACGACCCGCUUAGUUCCUCCAGCAAAUUGUUGCUCUAGAUUCCAGCAUCCGCAGCCUCUUGUCUCUCAGCACAACUAAUUUUUGCUCGUGAGGUCUACAAGGUGUUAAUCAUUAAUUUCACAUCAUAUGAAGACUUUAUUUUCGUCACUCUUUAUAUAAAAUCAGCUUCUGAAAAAUGUACAUAAGCAGGGAUGGGAAGAAUGCUGGAAUUAAUUGUAUUACGUUGAAGAGUCCCAUUUAAAGAGAG